CGAUAUGGUAAUAGGUAGCGACCUUAUUCCACAAAUUCUACUUCCAGGACUUAAACCUAAUGUUGGUGGAAGCCUGAUUGCCCAAAACUCCAUAUUUGGGUGGAUACUAAGCGGCCCACUAACAGAACGAGUUUCAACAUUCUCCACUCAAAUAGUUGAGAACCCAGGCGACUCAUUAAACGAUCUCCUCAGGAGAUUUUGGGAGCAGGAGGAGGUUCCAGCAGAAUCAAUUCCAACGGACGACGACGCCUUCUGCGAGGAGCUAUAUCAGCGGACCACUUUUCGAAGAGAAGACGGACGAUACGUAGUGAAGCUGCCAUUCAAACCCUCGUUUCCCGAAACAAUAGCGUUAGGACACUCAAGACCAGCAGCUCAACAACAAUACCUAAGCGUCGAACGAAGCAUAGAAAAAAGAGCCGAACUACAACCAUAUUCGAAAGUUCUGGGAGAAUACAUUACUCUGAACCAUAUGGAACCUUGCUCUUCGCAUGAGAUAGUACGUGACGGCAAGUACUUCUCGUUCUACUUACGCCAUCAUGCGGUCUUAAAACCCGAUAGCAAAACUACUAAGGUCCGAGUAGUAUUUAACGCUUCAAAGCUCUCCCACUCCGGCAUCUCUCUCAAUGACGUUCUCCACACAGGUCCCGUUCUACAAAAUGAUUUAAUGCUCGUAAUUCUCAAAUCGCGUCUCUACAGAUAUGUAUUUAACGGCGACAUCGAAAAGAUGUAUCGCCAAAUAUAUGUGUAUGACGAAGACCAGGACUUUCAGCGAAUUCUAUUUCGCAGAUCUCAACAGGGUCCAAUAGAGGACUUUAAAUUAAAAACGGUGACGUUCGGCGUGAACUGUGCGCCAUAUUUGGCCAUAAGAACCCUCCAAAAGCUAGCCAAAGACUCUCAAGAGGGGUACCCCAGGAGCUCAGAGAUAUUAACCAAGGAGACAUAUGUCGACGACAUCCUAUCUAGAAUCAACCCGCGAGUCUUUACAACAGGUCUCCGAUACCCUUAAACCAGCGGGGUUUCCUCUCAAAAAGAUUACCGCGAAUCACAAAACUAUCUUAAAAAACGUUCCUCAGUCUGAUCUCCUUGAAACCCAAUUUCUGCAGUUCCAGGACACUAGUUCUACAAAAACCCUUCGAAUAAAGUGGA